AUGAUUGAUUUAGGGGUGGCAAGGUCUAAGCUCUGGGUUGACAGGGAAGUCAAGCCCCUCGACUUUGCUGGUGGGGUGCAGGAGUAUUUGGGGGAGAUGAGUGAGCUGAUGGGUCGGUCAGUGAACAUACUACAUUGGGAUUGUGGAAGAAUACUGGAACUAUGUGCCUCAGGGAAGGACGUUAUUACUGGGAAGAGCUUCUCAGAAGACAAACUUGCAACCCUAUUUCUUGAACGAGGGCCUAACAGGAUAGGCGGCAUCUACAAGAAGGCAGUUUAUAGACACUUCACAGACGGCAGCUACUCCACGGAGAUCCCCAAGCCCCCCUGGCUGGGGUUCCUGGGUCCCAUCCUGAGGGCAGAAGUGGGCGACGUGAUUGUUAUCCACCUGAAGAACUUCGCUUCCAGACCUUACUCUUUGCAUCCUCAUGGUGUUUUCUACAACAAGGAUUCAGAAGGAGCCUUGUACCCAGAUGGGACAUCUGGAAAGAACAAGGAUGACGACAUGGUCCCCCCUGGCCAAAACUACACCUAUGUCUGGCCAGUGAGAGAAGAAUAUGCACCCGCCCCAGCAGAUGCCAACUGCCUGACCUGGGUGUACCACUCACACAUUGAUGCCCCGAAGGAUAUCUGUUCUGGGCUGAUUGGACCCCUACUGGUGUGUAAGGAAGGUGUACUGAACAGAUACUCAGGGACAAGGAUUGAUGUAGAUCGAGAGUUUGUUAUCAUGUUCACCCUUGUGGAUGAGAACCAGAGCUGGUACCUGGAUGAAAACAUCAGGCAUUUCUGCACUGACCCGAAUUCCGUUGACAAAAGUGAUGCUGUUUUCCAGAGGAGCAAUAAGAUGCAUGCCCUCAAUGGAUUCCUUUUCGGAAACUUCCCUGAGCCUGAGAUGUGUGUUGGUGAAUCUGUGUCCUGGCACCUGUUUGGGAUGGGGAAUGAGAUAGACAUCCAUUCCAUCUAUUUUUAUGGUAACACCUUCAUCACCAGAGGGCACCGGGCAGAUGUUGUCAACCUGUUCCCAGCCACCUUCCUCACAACAGAAAUGAUAGUGGAGAAUCCAGGGAAAUGGAUGAUAACCUGCCAAGUCAGUGACCAUCUGCAAGCUGGUAUGCUGGGACAGUACAACGUGGGUAACUGCAGAAGUGAUGCUCCCCACCCGAAGAUGCAGGGUCAGCAGAGGCACUACUUCAUAGCAGCUGAGAAAGUCCUUUGGGAUUAUGGUCCCCAAGGCUACGAUAAGUUCACCGGAUUUCCCUUGAAUUCGUCUGGCAGAUGUUUUGAAGGGGAGCAGACAUCUCUGCAGAAUGACUUCUGCUCUGAUUUAUUUCUCCAAUCUCUUUUCAUCCUCUUCUCUGGCUUCCCAGGUCCAGUCAUCAAGGCAGAGGUGGGUGACACCCUGCUGGUGACCUUUGCUAACAAAGCUGACAAGGUCUACAGCAUUUUACCCCAUGGUGUGUUCUAUGACAAGGCGUCGGACGCAACUCCGAAUGUAGAUGGAUUUCUGAAACCAGGGGCUCAUGUCAAGCCAGGUGAAACCUUCACCUACAGGUGGACAGUGCCUGAGAGCGUCAGCCCGACAGAUGAAGACCCCCCCUGCCUGACCUAUCUUUACUUCUCAGCAGUCCAGCCAAUCAAGGACACUAGUGCUGGGCUCGUGGGGCCUUUGCUGGUCUGUAAAAAGGGUGCCCUCAAUGCCGAUGGGACACAGAAAGGAAUAGACAAGGAAUUUUACCUACUGUUCACAGUCUUUGAUGAGAAUCUCAGCAGGUAUAUUGAUGAAAACAUCCAGAAAUUUACUUGGCAUCCCUUCAGUGUUGACAAAGAAGACAAGGAAUUUGUGAAAUCCAACCGGAUGCACGCUAUUAAUGGCUACAUGUAUGGCAGCCAGCCAGGCCUCAGCAUGUGCAAGAAGGACAGAGUUUCCUGGCACUUGAUUGGAAUGGGCACUGACACAGACAUGCAUGGAGUUUAUUUUCAAGGCAACACCAUCCACCUACGAGGGACUCAUCGUGACUCCCUGGCUCUGUUUCCCCACAUGUCCACAACGGCAUUCAUGCAGCCAGACCAUGCAGGUAUUUUCAAGGUGUUCUGUUCCACUUUGCACCACUUCGUGAGAGGCAUGGGUCAGAUCUAUGAGGUCAACAGCUGUGGCAACAGGGACCCUUCUGAGCCGCCCUACGGGAUGCUAAGAACCUUUUUCAUCGCCGCUGAAGAGGUAGAAUGGGAUUAUGCCCCUAACAAAAACUGGGAGUUCGAAAAGCAGCACUUGGACGCAGGAGGGGAAAGACAUGGGGAUAUAUUUAUGAAUCACACUGAAAACUGGAUUGGCUCUCAGUACAAGAAGGUGGUUUACAGGGAAUACACGAAUGGAGAAUUUGUGGAGAUUAAAGCCCGGCCACCGAGGGAGGAGCACCUGCAACUCCUGGGCCCAAUGAUCCAUGCUGAGGUGGGGGACUCCAUCCUCAUCAUCUUUAAGAACAAAGCCAGUCGGCCCUAUUCCAUCACAGCCCAGGGUGUGGAAGAUUCAAACAGUGGGAAGCGUCUCGAAGUGCCUGUCACAAAGCCAGGAGAAAUAAAAACUUACAGAUGGAAUGUCCCCAAGAGAUCAGGUCCUGGGCCCUCUGAUCCUAACUGUAUCCCGUGGGUGUACUAUUCGACAGCAAACUUUGUCAAGGAUACAUACAGUGGUUUGAUGGGGCCUCUCAUCACAUGCCGAGAAGGGAUAUUGAACGAAAAGGGAAGAAGAAGUGACGUGGACUACGAAUUUGCUCUGUUGUUCCUGGUGUUUAAUGAGAAUGAAUCCUGGUAUCUGGAUGACAAUAUUAAGAAGUAUCUCAAUAAAGAUCCACGGGAUUUCAGGCGCACAGAUGAUUUUGAAGAAAGCAACAAAAUGCACGCCAUUAAUGGAAAGAUAUUUGGAAACCUCCCUGGCCUCAUAAUGAUGGAAGACACAAUGACUAACUGGUAUCUGCUGGGAAUAGGAAGCGAAGUGGACAUCCACACCAUCCAUUACCAUGCGGAGAGCUUUCUGUUCAAAAUAGAUAAGUCCUACCGAGAAGAUGUGUAUGAUCUCUUUCCCGGGACCUUUCAAACCAUUGAGCUGUUUGCUGAUCACCCAGGGACGUGGCUGCUGCAUUGCCACGUCUCUGACCACAUUCACGCCGGCAUGGAGACCACCUACACUGUCCUCCGGAACAUAGACAACAGGAUUCCAUAUUCCACCAAGUCCCCUUCUGGAGCAGGGUCCCAUGCUGUCACAGUGCCCUCCAAAGAACAACCUGGCAAGGAAGAACUCUAUUUCUUUGGCAAGAACUUGCGCCCAAGAGGAGCCAAGGCAGCCCUGGUCAUCCUUUUCAUCCUGGGACUCCUCCUUCUGGUCGCCAUUGUGAUUCUCUCCCUCAGACUCCGCUCUUGGAGGAGGCAGAUGGCUUACAGGGAGGUCCAGUCCUGUGCACUUCCCACAGAUGCUCUGUGAACGCUCUGGUCUUCCUCAGCAGGAGGGGUCAGCUUCCAUGACUGGCCGCACAGUGGCUAACAGGGAAACUGGACCAACGCGUUGUUCGCCAAGGAACUUUGACACUGUAUCCUAGAUCAGGCUUCUGAGCCUCUGGAAUGUCAUCCAAAGCAAUGUGCUUUUAUUUAUUUAUUUUUUAACUGGCUGUGAAUGAUUCUCAGGUAUAAAGUACACGAAAAAGGAGAAUGCACUGAAUUGGGAUCUACCAACCACCAGUCUGUUUGGUGAACAAUUCACUCAGGGGGUACCUUCUGAAAGAUGUUUUUAUAGUUUGAAAUCAAACAGUGCUUCCUCAGCUAGACACUACGGUUUCUAGACGAGUGGCUUCUAGAAAAUAUCAGGGUGCCUGGGACAACGGUCUGUCUGGAAUCACACUAACAAGUGAGAUUGGCCCCUCAGUUGUUAGUGAGAAUGUCCCAGUCAGUAUGAACUGAUGGAAUGGACCACAUGAAUCUUUCAGAGGCUUCUGGUAGCUCUCCUGGCCUCUCCCCCUUGGAUGCAGAGACCCUGUGCAUUGUUCGUUAUACAAGCCAAAGUUAUAUGGUUAUUUAUUUCAUUGCUGCUAUUUUCAAUUCAACCUGUAGGAAUACUUGAAUGUUUACAAUUCACUUCAUGCUACAUUUUCACCAUGUGCCUCCUUGGCAACGUCUGUAUUUUCAAAAAUCAACUAGAGGAUUUUGUUUCAGGAAGCUGGAGGCUAGAAGCAGUGAAGGAGCAGGCCUGGCGUCCUCACUGUAAGCCAGAGACUCCCUGUCUGGGCUUGAACCCUGAGUUUGACUUUUCAUUCAUUUAGGGGACAUUUUUCCAAAUCCCCAUGUUCUAGGAAAGUUACAAUUUCAUCAUGUGGAAGAUGGCAGGAGGCACACAUCAAUGCAACUGAUUGGCCGGGGGGAGAAAGGAUCUCUUAAAAUCCUGCAUUUCAUGCUUGUUAAAGACAUAGUCUUGAGAGGAGGGAGGGCAGCUAGAAUAGGGGAGUCCUGGUGGUUUUUAAACCAUUCAACCAGCUUUGGAAAUAAGGGUUCUAGCUGCCAAGGCUCACAGGCAAACACGGAAGACUGAACAACAAAGUUAAGCACCUAAAGACACAAUGCAUCCUCUCUGUAGGUACCCUAGACAUUAGGUGCAGAUUGAUAAAAGCAACAUUGUUUAUUACUAGACUGGGAAAUCUACCUUAGCUCAGGACAAGCUGCCCUGGGAUGCUGUGGCCAGACACAUGAUGUGAGGCCACUGCCGCAGCAGUGGGUCACCUGAAGGUCCAGGUGAACGAGUAGGACCUAAUAAAUACUCCGGUGAAGGGAUCUCUCAUGCUAUUAUUUUCUUUAAUCUUCUUGGUGAGGGGAAAUGGAUAGAAACCACAGUCUUACGUAAAACAGAAGCAACUGCUAAUAGUUCUGUUUGGAGUUUGCUUAUGCCUUGUCAAACAGGGUACCCACAUGAUUUUGAAUUCCAGCCUGCUAACCACUGACAAUGUGAUUUUGUAGCUUACUGAAGUGCCUGCUCUGUGGAGUUCAUACAUGGUAGGCUGUACGAUUACAUGAGAAGUAUGGUGAGCACCUAUGACUUACCUUUAGUAAGUCAAAAACUUGUUUGUUGUAAAAGUUCUCUUUUCCCUUUUCACUUAUUUUUUUUUUAAUGAAAACAAACCACAAAGUAGUUUUAUCGCACUAUUUCUCUUUUUAAUAAAGUUUCAUAUAUUCUAAAAUGGCAAA